CAUACCUUUCUUUUGUUUUGAUUAUAUGGAGGAUAUGGUGUUAACGACAUGCGACCGAUUUGCGACCAAAGCGACUAAGAGACUUGCGAUUUGCGACUGAUGCGACAGGCGAUUUGCGACCGAUGCGACGAAGCAACUAGCGGUUUGCGACCGAUGCGACUAAGCGACGAGCAACUUUGGGGCUAGCCUAAUUACGAUUGUGGCCCUAAAGUAGCGCUUUUAUGAUUCGUUUUUGUCUUUUGGCGCCACAUUAACGCGUGUAGAGCUGGUCCUCUGCUUGGGAGUGGUAAAAUUGCAAGUUGUUUAGUCGCACAUUCGCUCAGUCGCCAAGUCGCGCACCGGUCGCAAGUCGCUAUUUGCUUAGUCGCAUCGGUCGCAAAUCGCAAGUCGCUUAGUCGCUUUGGUCGCAAAUCGGUCGCAUGUCGUUAACACCAUAUCCUCAUGGUUCGUCGUCGUCGCCGUCGGCUCCCUUCCCUUGCUGUCACUUUGAGUAAUCAAGCUUUGAGAAAAACGGGAAGCUUUCUUUAUACGUUCUUGCGUUUUUAUUCCCCUGUGUUUAAAUUAAAAGUAUUAACUUGUACAAAAAACUGUUGUCUCCAAUGUCGGAUACGGAGCAACUUUAUUUACAUGAAAUCCAAUUGAUGAUGCAUGGGUGUGGAGAUUGUGCCAGACCUCUUCCCGCCACAGUCAAACUUGUGGCGAAUAUUGUUCAGCAGCAAGUCUUGAGCAUAGCGUGGCGUGCAGAGGAGCAAGCUACAAGAAGAGGUUCAAAGACUGUAAAUCCUAGGGACAUAAUUUUUCUGAUGAGGAAAAACCCUGACAAGCUGCGCCGGCUCUACAACUACUUGUCUGUGAAGGAAAUGAGAACCAAUUUCUCAGCACUGACAGCCAGUGAUGUGGUGGAGCCGACUGACGAUUCUGAGGGCGAUGUAACAAACCUUUUAGAUUCUGCUAGACGGAAUCGUCAAGCAAAUCUAAGAGAGAUGUUCACAGAGGUUGAUGUCAGUGGUGAACUUUUAGAGAGUUUAAAUAAUCCAAUGUCUGACCCCAUUAGACAAAAGAGGAAUCAAAGAGCAGAUAGUAUAUCUUUGAGUCUAGAUCCUGCAGGAUAUGUAGAGUUUAGUAAUGCUCGCAGAGCAGCAUUUGUCAACAGCAAGUUAACACAUCAACGUUUUCUUGAGUGGCUAUCUCUUGCAAUUGAUACAAGUCCAGGUUUAAUAGGAGAACCUUUUAUUUCUUCACCUCCACGGAUGAACAGUGCUGCAAUUGAUAUUUUAGCAUAUCUAGCCAAGGAGACAGUAGCAAUGCUCAUUGACUUUGCAAUUCUCGUAAGGCAAGAUUCUUGCGGAACUGUUCCAGGAGGUCCCUUACGGCCUCUAACAUUAAGACCCCCUUCAAGUACUAGUGCAUCCUCUGGGUUGGAGCGGUUACCAAUAUCACCUGCAGAGAUUCGAGAAGCCCUUCGUCGUUAUUUUUCUCCUUUAUUAACUCAGUCAGCGGGAUUGGUUCGGACAGGGCCACCUCUGGCGAGCCAAAUAAUUGCUUGCUGAAAACUAAAUUUCAUUUUAUAAUUGUAGAUGGACAUGGAAUACAACAACUUUUAAAUGUUUUUAUCACAUUUGUA